UGCUUCAAUUAAAACCUGGAGAUAGCCUCGCUACGUAAACCGGAGUAUCUAUGACUCAAACAUUUAAUUGAAUUAUUCAAAAUUAAAUGCAUAAUAGAGAGGUACCUAUAUCGUGUUGUAAGACGAAUGGCGAAUUGACCUGCACGAGAGCGUAUAAUGACUAAGCAAAUUUUUCCUGAAAGCGUAAAAGCUAGCGGAAAAUCGAAGCCUCGGUGGCUGCUCGAUGUUGGAACUUGAGAAAUUUCAUCAUUUGGGAAACCUAUGGAUGGAAAGCGUUCUAUAAAAAUGGAUCCUCUUUCACCUGGCCCCUGUUUAGAUAUUAGUGACGAUGAACUGGUGACUAUAUCAGUCAGAGAUUUGAAUAGGCAACUUAAAUUACGUGGUUUAUCAAGGGAAGAAAUAGUACGUAUGAAACAACGUAGACGUACGUUAAAGAACAGAGGAUAUGCAGCCAGUUGCCGCAUUAAGAGAAUUGAACAGAAGGAUGAGUUAGAGUCAGAGAAGUCACAGGAAUACCGGGAUAUGGAAACUAUGCAAGAUGACAAUAACCGCAUGAGAGAGGAAGUAGAGUCUUGGCACUCAAAAUACCAAGCAUUGAAGAAAUUUGCAGCAGAGAAGAAGAUUCACAUUCCACCAGAAUUGGAAACUAUUUAAAAUAGAUCACAAUGCUUGAUGCACUGGGAAGUGACAAAAGUAUUGAAUAAUUAAUAAAUCUAUAUGAAAUUUACAUAA